GGCAAUGCCCACUGUUACUCAUUUAUCUACAAAUAUGUCUGGACAAGUAACUGUUUGUGGAGACUUGCAUGGUAAAUUUGACGAUCUUUGUAUUAUUUUACAUAAGAAUGGAUUUCCCUCAUUAGACAAUCCUUAUGUGUUUAAUGGGGAUUUUGUUGAUAGAGGAGCUCAAUCUGUUGAAGUUUUUGUUGUUUUACUCGCUUUAUUAAUUUUACACCCAACCGCAGUUGCCUUAAAUAGAGGGAAUCAUGAAGAUCACAUAAUGAAUUUAAGAUAUGGAUUUAUUAAAGAAUUACAAACAAAAUAUAAAGAUUCAGCGGCAGCAGUAAUUCGAAUGUUGGAAGAUAUUUUUUCUUGGUUGCCGUUGGCUACAGUUGUUGACAGAGAUCUUUUUAUAACUCAUGGAGGUGUUUCUGACCGAACAGAUUUAAAUUUUCUAGAAAAGAUUCCGAGAAAUAGGUAUCUCUCAAUUCUACGCCCUCCUGUUGGUGGAAAUAAAUUAGGGAAAAGCUCUGUUGACGUUGAAGAGUGGCGCCAAAUUCUUGACGUUCUUUGGAGUGAUCCAAAACCUCAAAAUGGUUGCUGGCCAAAUGCAUUCCGUGGUGGUGGCAGUUAUUUUGGGCCUGACAUUACAAAGAAAUUCUUGGAAAAUAAUGGGUUUUUAAUGUUGGUACGAAGUCAUGAAUGCAAAUAUGAGGGUUAUGAGUUCACCCACGACAAUAAAGUUUUAACAAUAUUUUCUGCCAGUAAUUAUUAUGAAACAGGAAGUAAUAGAGGUGCUUAUGUUAAAUUUCUUGGAAAAGAAAAAGUUCCACAUUUUGUGCAAUAUAUGGCUAGUAAAAUACACAAAAGGAUUACUGUUAGAGAAAGAUUAAGUAUUGUUGAACAAGCUGCUAUUAAAGAACUUAGCGAAAAAUUGGUUUCAUUCAAUACUGAAUUACAAAAAGAAUUUAUGAAAAUAGAUUCUACUGGAACUGGCCAAAUAUCCCUAUCACAAUGGUGCGCAACUGUUGAAAGAAUUACCAAUUUGGCUGUGCCAUGGCGUGUUCUAGUUUCACGCCUUGCUAGACUUACUGAAGAUGGUAAACAAGUAUUGUACAAACAUCACCAACGUGUUCAAUUAAGCAGUAAUGGAAGAAUAUCUGAACAGACAAUGGGGGGACAUGAAAGCACUAGAAUAACAGAAACUCUCUACAGACACAAAAAUACUUUGGAAACUCUUUUUAGAUUUAUGGACAAAGAUAAUUCUGGUUUGGUAUCGAUGAAAGAAUUUACGGAGGCAUGUCAAGUACUUGGCCAAUAUGCCAGAAUUGACUUAUCAGAAGAAGGGAUAAAAAGUAUUGGGGAAAGUAUUGACUUCAAUAAAGACGGCUUUAUUGAUUUAAAUGAAUUACUUGAAGCUUUUCGUCUUGUGGAUAUUGGAAAUAUUGGGUGAAAAUUAUUUUUGAAAAUUUUAAUAAACAUUUGUGCCGUUGUA